UGUUACGAAUUUAUCCAAUAUAUCUCUUCCAUUUCCCAGUCAGAAAUAUAUGGCAACCACGACAAUGGCUUCAUCAUUUCAGCAUGUUACUCUCGGUUGCAGCAAUGCCAAGGCAGAUGCUGCUCCUUUGCUUCAUGUCCAGUAUUUGUCUCGAACAAACUUUGGACUCUCAAGGUCGCUGAUUUACUGUGGCUCCUCAAGGAUGGGCAAGAGACUUCCACUGAAGCCAAUAUCUGCUGUGGGUUCAGGUUUAGAGGCAACAAUAACAGAUCCAGACAAGAAUCAAAUUAGCAUUAAAAAUGUUGAGAUAGUAGUGGAGUCUAAGAAUGAUGAUAAGAUGCAAGUAAGGGUCGAUUUGCCUGGGAAAGAAACACAGAUAGUUUUUGAGAAAAUUCUCAGAAACUUAGCUCGUACAGCUCCACCGGUUCCUGGAUUCCGCAGAGAAAAAGGAGGGAAGACAUCUAAAGUCCCAAAGGACUUCCUCCUGCAAAUCAUUGGUGAAGAUCGAGUUACAAAGUUCACUAUCCAAGAGAUUGUGAGCACAACAUUGGCUGAUUAUGUGAAGAAGGAAAAUCUGACUGUUAAGGAGAACAAGAUCAACACAAUACAAACUGCUGAAGAGCUCAAAUCUCUGUUUACCCCUGGGAAUGAUUUUGGGUUUAAUGCUACUCUCGAACUCGAGAAAGCCACAGAAGUUGAGGUGAGUGUUGAAGAAUAGUCUGAUUUGCAAAUAUGUACCCUUAACAACCAUUGGUAGGCUUGUAGUAGGGGCAUCUGUAUGUAUAAUGUUCAUACAGCAACAUUUGGGAGGGGAGGACAGAUGAUCUUCUGAUUUAUUUUUUAUUCUUUCCUGAUGUAUGUAACAUGAAUACCAAUAACUCAUAGCAGCUCCAGUUUUGCCA